AUGCAACAAGAGAUGACCGACUUAGAGGUGCAAACUCAGACAACACAAGAAGAUCACUCCACUAUUUUGAAGAAAGCUAAUAAUCCUGUUACUUUGAAGUUUGAGGAUGUUGUUUACAAGAUUAAAACCAAGAAAGGAGGAAUCCUAAAGAAGAACUCAAAAAGUGAAGAGAAAACAAUCUUGAAGGGAAUCACAGGCAUGGUCCUUCCUGGUGAAAUGUUGGCCAUGCUAGGCCCUUCUGGCAGUGGCAAAACAACUCUCCUCACUGCAUUGGGAGGCCGACUUGGGGGUCGAAUUGGUGGAAGCAUUACUUACAAUGGCAAGCCCUUUUCAAAUAUAAUGAAGCGAAACACCGGAUUUGUGACUCAAGAUGAUGUUCUGUAUCCUCACCUAACUGUGACUGAGACAUUAGUAUUCACUGCUCUUCUAAGAUUACCCAACAGUCUCACCGAAGAAGAGAAGGUCAUUCAUGCAGAGUCUGUGAUAACUCAACUUGGGUUGAACAAGUGCAAGAACAGCGUCAUAGGAGGGCCAUUACUAAGAGGUGUCUCUGGGGGUGAGCGAAAAAGGGUUAGUAUAGGCCAAGAGAUGCUCAUAAAUCCAAGUCUGUUGUUUUUGGAUGAACCAACAUCAGGCCUUGACUCAACAACGGCUCAACGGAUUGUAGCAACACUGUGGGAGCUAGCCAAUGGAGGAAGAACGGUUGUGAUGACUAUACACCAGCCUUCGAGUAGACUAUUUUACAUGUUUCACAAGGUUUUGUUGUUAUCAGAAGGCAAUCUUUUGUAUAUAGGGAAGGGAGCAGAGACAAUGGAUUACUUCGCUGGUAUAGGAUAUGCCCCAUCAGUUGCCAUGAAUCCUUCUGAUUUCUUGUUAGAUCUUUCGAAUGGUGUUUCAUCAGAUGAUUCAAAUGAGGAUCAAGCUGUGAUUAAGCAGACUUUGAUUUCUGCGUUUAGAACAAAACUUUGUGACAGAUUGAAGGCGGAGCUUCAUGAAAUUCACAGAAAUGUUCAUGAAGGUUUAGAAGACAAGCAGAUUGCACGGUGGACGACAACAUGGUGGCAACAGUUUUCAGUGUUGUUGAGAAGAGGGGUGAAAGAAAGGAAGCAUGAGUCCUUCUCUGGCCUCAAGAUUGCACAGGUCCUUGUUGUUGCUUUCCUUUCAGGAUUACUAUGGUGGCAAUCUGAUAUUGCUCACUUACAAGAACAGAUGGGGCUUCUCUUCUUCUACUCGGGAUUUUGGGGCUUUUUCCCUCUGUUGGAAGCCAUUUUCACUUUCCCCCAAGAACGCAUGAUGCUCGAAAAGGAAAGAUCUUCAGGCAUGUAUAGGCUGUCAUCAUUUUUUAUGGCGAGGACGGUUGCUGACUUACCUAUGGAGCUUGUCCUUCCCACCAUUUUCGUGAUCAUAACAUAUUGGAUGGCAGGGCUCAAAGCCACAGCUGGGAACUUCUUUGAAACCUUAUUUGUGCUCCUAAUUAGUGUGUUAGCAUCUCAAGGCCUCGGACUUGCUAUUGGUGCUCUGGUAAUGGACCAAAAAUCUGCCGCUAUACUUGGAUCAGUGAUCAUGCUUUCAUUUACUCUAGCGAGUGGGUACUAUGUUCAGCAUGUCCCUUCCUUCAUAGCUUGGAUUAAGUACCUCUCUAUCAGUCAAUAUACAUAUAAGCUGUUGUUGGGGUCGCAGUACAAGCCCAGCAACACGUACCCUUGUGCUACCAGUACUGGCAUUUGCUUGGUUGAGGAGUUUCCAUCUGUGAAGCUUGUUGGUCUUGGUGGGAAAGGCAUCUCUGUGGUUGCUUUGGCUGUAAUGGUUAUAGGUUACAGGCUCAUUGCUUAUGUUGGCCUAAUGAGGAUUGGAAGGACAAGCAAGUAGGUAGAUUCAGAUAAAGACUAAGUAAAGAUGAUGAAGUUUUGGUUUGAUUACAAUUUGUGAAAUUUAAGGUAAACCCAUGUUUAUGUAAGUAUAUGUACCUUUUGUUUAUGUUUCAGGACAUUCUCUAGAUCCAUUUUGCCGGUUGUAUUAUCUUCUUCUUUUUUCUCUCUGUUUUUUUUUGUUUUUUUUUUUUUUUUUGACAUGAGCAUAGCUAAUCAAGCAUAAAUAAUGGGACCUUCAAGCAUAUCAUUUAAAUCAAUAAUAUGCUCCAAGUUUUUGCAAUGCCUCCUUUCAUUUGAGAGGAACACAGACACACACACACACAUAUCUGAGUCUGCUUGGGAAUACAAUGUAUUGAAAUUGAGCCUAUUUUGUUUCUGAUGUCAUUUUUAUAAUUUUAUUGGUUUUCUCAUCUGAAUUAUUGAUAGAUUGGAUUUCAAGAAAUGACAUGGUUUUUUUUUUUUUUUUUGAUAAAAUCUCUAAGCUACACAAUGAAUUUUUUCAUGUUAUUUUUGAAGAGUGUAUCUCUUGAAUAUCACCCAAUCUAUUACAGAUUUUAUAUGGUAUAAUUUCUUUUAACAAUUUUGUGAAAAUGUGGUUA